UGUUGUUCUUAGUUCAUUCUAAGUCAAUUUUAGAACAAGAAGAAUUCUGAAUAAAAUGGAUAGAUUGCCGAAUAUAAUUGAAUUAGAUGACUCUGAUCCAGAAUCACCAGACCAACCUUCAACUUCUCAUGAUAGAGAAGAUCCCACAACAUCUCAAAAUGCUUCUCAAGCACUAAGUUUACCUGGCACAAGUCGAGCUUUAGACCAAAAUCUUGCUCGAGGUCUUGAUUAUCUGAUGGAAAAAUCCCGAAAACAUGGAGCUGUGAUAGCUAACACCGUGGUUUUUAAUCAAAACCAAGGGGAUAAAAUAAAAACAGACUUCUACUUUUCUAAAAGUUCUGACAUCUCAGUCCAAAAGGGCGAUAAAAAGAAAAGACCUGAUGAUUCCUCAUCUGAGGAAGAUACUCCUUCUACAAGUUCAAAAGGAAACAACCCAAUCCCAGGUUCAAUUCGUUUGACUGAUUCACUCUACAUGCUUCAUUACGAGUCCAUUUCCAAGCUUGGAAAUGUUUAUAAGGGUGUGAAGAUUUAUGGAAAGUCCGGUCAAUGUGAUAUUGCCGUGAAAUCCUUGAAGUACAGCGAGGAUAAUGAGAGGGAAGCAAGAAUUCUGGUCAAAAUCAGCCAUCACCAGAACAUUGCUAACAUUAUAGAUUCUGGCAUUUAUCACCUUGGCCCAGUCAAGCAUAUUUUCAUUGCCAUGGAACUAUGUGGCCCCGACAAUUUGACUAACUUCAUAAAAGGUUCAAAACGAACCAAAAGAAUCAAGCAGAUACUCAUCCAACAACUUGUAAAUGGCAUUGCCCACAUCCAUAGCAAUAAUGUAAUACAUCGUGAUUUGAAACCUGAUAAUAUCUUGGUAUCAGAUGAUGGAAUGCAAUUAAAAGUGAUAGAUUUUGGUUUAAGCAAAGAAAUGAAACCUGGUCAUUCUGUCACCAAAGCCAGCGCUUUGGGCAUUGGUACAGAUGGAUGGAGAGCCCCAGAGACAUACAAUGCCAAUGUCAUAUCCAAACAAGCCGACGUAUUCUCACUGGCCCUUGUGAUACAUUUCAUUGAGACUGAUGGGAGUCACCCAUUUGGUGAUAACCCUGUUGGAUGGAGUUACCUUAUAAUGCAAAAUCAAGGUUGUGACUUGAGCAAACUUGGAAGUGAGAUAAGGGAUUUAGUCGGCUGGAUGCUUCGUCGAGUUCCGAAAGAGCGACCUACUUUGGAUCAAAUCCAACAGCAUAAAUACUUUGGUGGGGAACUGGCUUGCCCAUUUCCUAACCUAUGCUUCAAGCAACCUCAGACAGUGGAAGAACUGAAACGACAGAAAGAUGAAGCAGAGAAAGAAAAGCAAGAAUCUGAAAGAAGCAGACUACAAUUAGUGAUGAUGAUGCGUCAACAGUCACAAGAAUCUCAACAGAUGAAAAAAAAAUAUGAGAAAGCUGAGAAAGAGAAAAAAGAAUUGAGACAAAAGAUAAAAGAAUCUCAGUCUUCAAGUCAAGCUACUUCAUCUGGUCUAGGAAUCAUCAACCAACAACCACCCGGUGUAAGAAUGUCAGUGGAAAGGUUGGAUGAAAAACUGCCAGGAUUUAUGUGGGGGUGCACUUAUGUCAUCACCUACUCAUUCCGUGCUGGAAGUCUGAAUGGUGUUUCAUAUGAGGCAAAGAAAUUCACUGAAUAUUUGCCCGACAUUGGAAUCAUAUACUUUCUAGAGGAAGCACUCAAUGCGGGAUUGCUCUUCAAGAUUCAGAUAAUCAGAAGCAACAGAGGAGAGAUAAUAUGGAAUGAUGAAAUUCCUCAUAAGACUAACAAACAUGGAGGUCCAGAUAACAAUGGAUAUCCUGAUGGUGACCAUAUCGAUAAACUGUAUGAAGCAUUGAUGACGAAAUUAAAGGCAUACUAUCAAUAG